AUGUCCAUGGCCCAGCCUCCUGGCCAGUCGCCCUGGAAGUGGUUCGUAUCUUGCAGUGAAGUAUGGGGCGCUGGUGCCUGGGCAUUUGGAGUCUUAGUGUACCUUCCAGACAUCACGAAAGCGACAGGUCAGCUGAAGAUCCACUGUAGCUUGAGUAGCAUGAUGAUGGAUCAUAGUCAUAGCAGCUAUCUGUGCAACUGCUUCGGGAACGGCUUGAUCCUUGUUUUCAACACAGCAUGCCCUUUGGUUGCAGCUGCAGCGAUCCAGCUGAGACUCAGGCAACGAAGGGACACUGGUGGCUUCGAGGGGACUGGGUUCACUAGCGACACUGACUGGGGCAAGCGCCUGAAUGAGCUUGGCAUCGAGCCAAAGGUGGUGCCGGCGAAGGAGGCCAGCAUCGAGCUUUGUGCCGAAGCCUUGCGCCUGGUCACAGAGGAGGAUGUCAACAUCGUGUGCCUGGCAGCUCCUUGCCGCAUGCGCGAUACGUGCUGGGGUUUAGGGUUUAGGGUUUAG